GCCGUGGCGCGGGUCGGGGCCGGAGCUCAGCCGGGACGGGACCUGCGGGCGCGAUGCGGCGCGGGGCGGCGCGGGCGCGGGCGCUGCGGGCGCUGCUGCUGCCGCUGCUGCUGGCGGGGCCCGGGGGCUGCCUGGGCCGCCGCGGGCUCUUCCCCUUCGGGCCGGGGCUCGGCGACCGCGAGCUGCCGCCCGGGGACGACGUGGUGUCCCCGGCCCUGGAGCUGCGCGAGCCGCUGCGCUUCUACGACCGGGCGGGCGUCGCCUCCGUCUACGUCACCACCAAUGGCCUCAUCGCCCUGAGCGAGCCGCCAGCCACCGAGUCCCACCCCGGCCUCUUCCCUCCCUCCUUCGGCAUGGUCGCCCCGUUCCUGGCUGACCUGGACACCAGCGACGGCCGGGGGAAGGUGUACUACCGCGAGGACCGCUCCCCGUCCACCGCCCGGCUGGCCGGCGAGCUGGUCCACCGGGGCUUCCCACAGGACGUCUUCCAGCCCACGAGCGUGGUGGUCGUGACUUGGGAAUCUGUGGCCCCCUACCAGGGGCCGAGCCCCACCCAGGGGGACCAGAGAAACACCUUCCAGGCUGUCCUGGCCUCCUCCAGUUCCAGCUCCUACGCCAUUUUCCUUUAUCCCGAAGAAGGUUUGCAGUUCUCCACAACCUUCUCGAAGAAGGAAGAGAAGCAAGUGCCUGCCAUGGUGGCCUUCAGUAAAGGUUCAGUGGGAUUCUUUUGGAAGACGGACGGACCGUAUAACGUAUUUGCUGAUGACCAAGAAUCCAUUGAAAAUUUGGCCAAGAGCAGCAACGCGGGGCGCCGCGGCGUGUGGGUGUUUGAGAUCGGGGGUGCAGCCUCGGCCGGCGGCGUGCUGCCUGCGGACUCGGGCCCGGGUCCCGCCGACGAGGAGGGGGAGGAGGAGGAGGAGGAGGAGGAGGCCACGGCGACCCCGUCCCUGGGCCCGGAGGACCUGAGCACACCCCCCUUCCUCUCCGAGACGCCGUGGACGGGCGGCGCCGCCGCACACAGCGAUCCCGGCCUCUCCUCCCCGCGCCACGAGGCCACCCAGAGGCCUCCCCGGUCCACCGCCACCAGGGCCCGGACCAGGUCCUUCCGGCUGCCCGGGGGGACGCUUCCCCAGCAGAGCGUCAUCGACGUGGAUGAAGUGGAGGAGACCGGCGUGGUGUUCAGCUACAGCACGGACGCCCGGCAGACCUGCGCCAACAGCAGACACCAGUGCGCCGUGCAGGCCGAGUGCACGGACUUCGACACCGGCUUCUGCUGCCGCUGCGUGGCCGGCUACACGGGCAAUGGGCGCCAGUGCGUGGCCGAAGGCUCCCCGCAGCGCGUCAACGGCAAGGUGAAGGGCAGCGUGUUCGUGGGGAACAGCCAGGUGCCCGUGGUGUUCGAGAACACUGACCUCCACUCGUACGUGGUGAUGAACCAGGGCCGGUCCUACACGGCCAUCAGCACCAUCCCGGACACCGUGGGCUCCUCGCUGCUGCCCCUGGCGCCCAUCGGGGGCGUCAUCGGCUGGAUGUUCGCGGUGGAGCAGGACGGCUUCAAGAACGGCUUCAGCAUCACCGGGGGCGAGUUCACCCGCCAGGCCGAGGUGACCUUCGUGGGGCACCCGGGGAAGCUGGUCAUCAAGCAGCAGUUCAGCGGGCUGAACGAGCACGGGCACCUGACCAUCAGCACGGAGCUGGAGGGCCGCGUGCCCCGGAUCCCGCCCGGCUCCACCGUGCACAUCGAACCCUACACGGAGCUCUACCACUACUCCAGCUCGGUGAUCACGUCGUCCUCCACCCGCGAGUACACGGUGAUGGCUCCCGGGCAGGACGGCGCGGAGCCUUCCCGCACCCACGCCUACCAGUGGCGCCAGACUAUCACCUUCCAGGAGUGUCCCCACGGCCGCGAGAGCCGGCCCGCCCUGCCCCGCACGCAGCAGCUCUCGGUGGACAGCGUGUUCGUGCUCUACAACCAGGACGAGCAGAUCCUGCGCUACGCCCUCAGCAACUCCGUCGGGCCCGUGAGAGAUGGCUCCCCCGACGCCCUUCAGAAUCCCUGCUACAUCGGCACGCACGGCUGCGACGCCAACGCCGCCUGCCGCCCCGGCCCGGGGACCCAGUACGCCUGCGAGUGCUCUGUCGGCUUCCGAGGAGACGGGAAGACCUGCUCUGACGUCGACGAGUGCGCGGAGCAGCCCUCGGUGUGCGGGAGCCACCAGGUCUGCAACAACCACCCGGGGACCUUCCGCUGCGAGUGCGUGGAGGGCUACAGCUUUUCAGACGCGGGGACGUGCGUGGCUCUCGUGGACCAGCGGCCCGUCAACUACUGCGAGUCCGGCCUGCACGACUGCGACAUCCCCCAGCGGGCUCAGUGCGUCUACACCGGCGGUAGCUCGUACACCUGCGCCUGCCUGCCCGGCUUCUCCGGGGACGGCCGGGCCUGCCAAGACGUGGACGAGUGCCAGCCGGGCCGAUGUCACCCCGAGGCCGUCUGCUACAACCUGCCGGGAUCCUUCGCCUGCCGCUGCAAACCCGGCUACCAGGGGGACGGCUUCCGAUGCCAGCCUGGAGAGGGGGAGCAGGCGCGGUGCCGGCAGGAGCGGGAGCGGCUCCUGGGCGCGGCGGAGGACGCAGACGCGCAGCGGCCCCGGCUGCCGGGCGUGUUUGUCCCCGAGUGUGACGAGCACGGCCGGUACGCGCCCACCCAGUGCCACGGCAGCACGGGCUACUGCUGGUGCGUGGACCGCGAAGGCCGCGAGCUGGAGGGCACCCGGACCAGGCCCGGCAUGAGGCCCCCGUGUCUGAGCACAGUGCCUCCUCCGAUCCACCAGAGACCCGCCCUGCCCACCGCGGUCAUCCCCCUGCCCCCCGGGACCCACCUGCUGUUUGCCCAGGCCGGGAAGAUCGAGCGCCUGCCCCUGGAGGGCGGCAGCAUGAGGAAGGAGGAAGCCAAGGCGCUGCUCCACCUCCCGGAGAAGGUCAUCAUCGGACUGGCCUUUGACUGUGUGGAUAGGAUGGUCUACUGGACGGACAUUUCCGAGCCCUCCAUCGGCAGAGCCAGCCUGCACGGCGGAGAGCCCACCACCAUCAUUAGACAAGAUCUGGGGAGCCCCGAGGGCCUCGCCGUGGACCAUCUUGGCCGCAACCUGUUCUGGACGGAUUCUUACCUGGACCGGAUAGAAGUUUCCAAGCUGGACGGCACCCAGCGCCGCGUGCUGUUCGAGACACACCUGGUGAACCCCAGGGGCAUCGUGGCGGACCCCGUGAGAGGGAACCUUUACUGGACAGACUGGGACAGAGAUCACCCCAAAAUUGAAACGUCCUACAUGGACGGCACGCACCGGAGGAUCCUGGUGCAGGACAACCUGAGCCUGCCCAACGGCCUGACCUUCGACCCGUUCUCGUCUCAGCUGUGCUGGGUGGACGCAGGCACCCACCGGGCGGAGUGCCUGCUCCCGGGGCUGCCGGGCCGCCGCAGGGCUCUCGAGGGCCUGCAGUAUCCUUUCGCCGUGAGCAGCCACGGGCAGCGUCUCUACUACACCGACUGGAAGACGAAUUCCGUGAUCGCCAUCGACCUCGCCGCUUCCAAGGAGACCGACGCCUUCCACCCGCACAAGCAGACGCGGCCGUACGGCAUCGCCAUGGCCCUGCCUCAGUGUCCCCAAGGCCACAACUACUGCUCGGUGAACAACGGCGGCUGCACCCACCUCUGCCUGGCCACCCCGGGGAGCAGGACCUGCAGCUGCCCCGACAACACCGUGGGUGUCGACUGCCUGGAGCGGACGUGAAGACGCCCCGCGUCCCCCACCCGCCCGCCCCGCCCGCCCGCCCCGCCCGCCCGCGGGAGGCCGCUUGGCCUGGGCUGGAAACUCCGCUAGGCCCAGCCCGGGCCCCGACAGUCUUCCUCUCGCGCCUCCCCUGCGCGAGGGCUGCGCCCCAAUUCUCACGCGAGCCCCUGGAGUGCCAACGGUGUCCCCUCCCUCCUCUGCGCCCUCACACCGCCCUCCGUGGGCCGCGGGGGGGGCCCCCCUUCCCCGCGCCCUGCAGGGGGAGGAGGGUGCUGCCCGCCCCGCGCUCUCUGUGGGUGCUGGGGUCCCUCUGUGCUCCCAGCCUUCCGCUCCCCGGUUCCCUCGGGGGCGUGCCCGGCCUGGCCAUCGAGGCGCCCCCCCCCCCCCCCCGUCCUCCGGACGCUGAGCCCUGGGAUGCCGCCCCGCGGGGCUUCGUGGCACUCUUAGGUCGUGGAGGGUUCAAGUCAAACAAGUAGGAAUCUAAACCAGAGGCGGCAGCUUUGAAGACCCGGAGGAAGGUGUUUGAGAACCGGGCGUCGUUCGGUGACACGGAACGUCACCAGGCGACCCCCCCUUGCCCAGCGCACCUGCGUCUCAGCAGGUGCUGUCUGCCCCCCCCGGGGGGCCCGCACCCUGACCCCCGCCUGCCUGGUGUGAGAGAAGCACCUUCCUCCCCCUCAGACACGAGCUGCUUUUUCCUCGAGCACGUCUAGCUCGGCCAUCGUCGGCUGACUCUUCUUACAUCUAAAGAUGCAAUCCAGAAUGUUCUCACCGGGCGUCUCUCCCGGUGUUCCGAGGCCUCUCGUGGCUCGAGGGGGGGGGGGUCUGUGGGAUCACGGGCCUGUUUCUAGAACGUGUUCAGAGAACACCUCCCAGCCUCCCCGGUGGCUUCCCGGCGGAGGUUUGGGGUGCAGGGUUGCGCGUGGGUUUUGGUGGGCAGCACGCGGAGGGGAGGCGUGGAGCUCAGCGGAGCGGCGCGGAGGUUGACGGAGAGCAGGGGCGGCAAAGCCCGGGGGAGGGAGUCCCGAAUGCGUACAGAGCCAUUUACCCGCUUUGGGUCGAGAGCCCCCCCCCCCCUGCUCCCCCUGUCCUAGCCGCAGACACUCAGCCCCCUCCUUCCCCGGCCCGCGCCUCCCGUGCUCUGGAGGACGCCACCACCUUUCCUUGCGGAAUCGCAGUCUGUUCUGAGACACCCUGCACCCCGAGAAUCACGAGAUCCCGGGAACGUGAGCGUCUUUAUGCAGCCAGCCCCAGGAGUUAGGCUUACUUUCCUUCUGUACUUAUCACUUUGCAUUCAAGCCCUCUGUAACAAGUGCUAGCCCCGAUGUAUCGUUUUUACGACCGUUUUUAUUCCUGUUACUAGGUUCAUCCUGUAAAACGUUUUACAAAAGUUGUGAAGCUGUGGAAACCACCAAAGGUGCUUAUUAACUGUCCCUCAGAUUUACACAGAUAUCAGGUGAUCUGUCUGUACGAACAGCAGUGCAGGAGAAACAAAAUUAAAAUGUCUUACUUCAAGAGAAAA